AUGGUCAAGCGCGAACGCGAGAACCCGUGCUUCAUAUGCGGGCACUACCAUCGAUACGAGGAGGGCGAAGUCUGCGGCGUCUGCGGGCAUCAACCCCCCGGGCACGCUCUCGACGCGAACGCCCCGCCCGACGGCGCGUUCCCGUCCGAGAUCCUCCCGGGGUUUCUCUACCUCGGCACGUACGACCACAGCGCGCGAGCGGACGCGCUUCGCGCGGUGGGCGUCGAGGACGUCUUGAAUUGCGUCCCAGACUCGCAGUGCCUUCACCGGAACGCGUUCAACUACCACGUGCUCUCGCGCGCGCCGACGCGCGAUGAGGUGCACUUCGCGGAAGCCGUCGCCUUCUUCGAGACGUCGCGCGCGCGCGGGCGGCGAUGCUUGGCGUACUGCAUGACCGGCACGUCUCGGAGCGCGUCCGCGGUGAUCGCGUAUCUGAUGCACGCGAAGCGAUGGCGGCUGACGAGGGCGCACGCGCACGUGAAGGAGAGACGCGCGCUGGUGAAUUUACAGCCCGCGGCGGCGGCGCAGCUGUUGAGGUUCGAGAGGGAAAUCUUCGGAGACGCCGUGGUGGACGCGGACGCGCCGUCGUCCUCGCCCUCGGGGGGGUUCGGC